GAUCGCUUUCUUCUAUUGUAAUACUCGCUCUGACAUUAUUUUGAUCUGUCUGCGUACUCGUAAUGCACACAUCAUCGUUACACUGCUAAGUAUCCUGAGUCCAAAAUAUAGCAGCUUUAUACAUCUACCAUACCACUUUGAUUCCGUGUCUGACCAAACUAUUCACUUUUCUCACUUUCUGGUCUCGCUCUGGAUUUCUAUCGUACCCUUGGAUUAUUGAUAUAAAUAUGGCCGAGCAGAGGUUGAGUGACUCAGAAAAAUUGGAGCUGGUGGAGAUGGCCAAGCUCGCCGAACAGUUGGAGAGAUAUGACGACAUGGUUGGCUACAUGAAAAAAUUGGUCGAGAAUGGAAAGGAAGAUGUUCUUAGGUCAGAUGAACAUAGGAAUCUCCUGUCGGUAGCCUACAAAAAUGUGGUGGGUGCAAAACGUUCUGCAUGGCGCAUGAUCAGCGGUAUCGAGCAGAAUAAAGCAAAAGAAAACGGUGAAGCGCACAGAUUCGUAGAAUGUACUAGAAAGUACAGACUAGAAAUUGAGAAGGAGCUGAAAGAUAUCUGCAACGAAAUUCUGGAUCUUUUGUCAAAUACCUUGAUCCCCGGCAUGGCAGAUGUAGCUGGCGCCACAUCAGUAGAGACUGGCAAAGUAUUUUACCAUAAAAUGGAAGGGGACUACGCCCGUUAUCUCGCCGAGAUCGCAACCACGGAAGACCGUGAGGCUUGUUCAGAGCGCAGUACAAAAGCAUAUACAAAAGCGAGUGAAAUUGCAGAAGAGAAGCUAAGCCCCACGGAUCCUAUAAGGUUGGGCCUGGCCCUCAACUUCAGCGUAUUCCACUACGAGAUCAUGAAUUCCCCUGAACGUGCCUGUGAACUGGCCAAGUCAGCGUUCGAUGGCGCCCUCGCAGAACUGGAUAACCUCAAAGAAGAAAGCUACAAGGAUUCAACUCUCAUCAUGCAACUGUUGAGGGACAACCUAACUCUGUGGACUUCUGAGAGGUCAGAUGUAGAAGACAUUGAAGGGCAAUAGCAGGAUUAAGCUACAUGUAAGGUCUUGUUCUCAAACGCGAAGUAAUGUUCACAACAAUUUUAAGCUAAGGUUGUUUUUCAGGAUCCAUGUUUAGACUCGUUCUCAAACGCGAAGUAAUGUCCACAUCAAUUAUCCUGGUCUCCCUUCCGUAGUGAAUAAUCGUCUGCUCCUCAAAUCUCUCUUUUUCUACAUAAAAUUUACGACCAGCGCUCCAACUUGAUGCUGGAUCUCUUAACUUUCCGGACUGUGAAUUGUUCUAUUUGUUUCUGGGAAUCUCCCAAACGGCCGGUGGAGGGAUCACCUAUGAGAGAGUUCUACAAUUCCGUUUACGUUUCACUCUUUAUCACCCUUUUCUCAUCUGCUCGUGGAAAGUCAGACCUGCAAAAGUGAGUCUUUCAAGAGCCACCUGCAACCAUGCACUCGCCCUCCGUUAGCUCAUUCAGUCUUAUGCUUGUUUGAUUUUCUCUGUUUGUUCAAAUCAACAUUUUGCUUGGGAACGUGGACUUGACCUUUAAUAAAGAAAUUUAUGUGAUAUCCAGCGAAAUGCAAUAUCGCAAGAUACUUAAUUGUGAGGGGGCAAAAACUGAGGCUUUAAACUAAAAAAAAAUGCUUUAUAAGCCCAUGCUUUCAUCGACUCUCAUUCUCCGUCUGUUCUACAUGUAUUUUUAUUCUGAUUUAUGCGGUGCAGGAAGGGUUCUUUGUAUGAGAAUUCCUAAUGUAUUGUUUUGAUAUUUUAGUGGGUUUUUUUGUGUGGAGUCUACAUAUAUAUUACUUUAUUUUCUAUUUAAUUUUCCAUUAUUAAUUUUUUGUUAGCCAGUGAUCUCUAUUGUGUAGUUAAUAAUUUUCCUUAAGGUAUUGUCAGUUGUCGCAGCAGCAGUAUAUGCAGUCCGGCGACUUAUGCAUUUUUUAAGGCUGGGUUUACUUCUAGUUUAUAUGCAUGUAUAUUAUAUUGAUUAAUUCAACCUCCACUCUGUGUUGCAUUGUGCACUAGAGCUAGCUAUUUCCGAAGUCUCAUAGGUCUUGGUACAUGUCAAUGUAUAAGUAGACAAAAGCAUAGUUUAAGAUAAUAGUAGCUUCUCUCUUAAUCGUUCUGGUAGUGUGUAUAUAGGUUGGUCAAGCCCAUUCUUUGUUAUGUAUUGGACCCUGAUCCAGGCUAGAACCAGUUUCUUUUAUUUCCAUACAAAUUAAAUCUAAUGAGCAAUCUCGA